AUGAUUACCGAUAUUCCUAUUGAGGUCCUCAACGACAUCUUGAGUCAUAUUCCCCAAUUCGACCCCAAUCAAGGUGACCUCCUGGCUUGUUGUCUCGUAAACAAGUUCUUUCAUUCUAUCGCCACUCCAGCCUUGUACCGUAACCUGUCACUUGUCACCAAUGGCCUAGGCUUUGAGGAACAUGUUGUUCACUCCCUUCUCAGCAAGCGCUAUAAGUCUCAUAGCCAUAUCCGCCAAAUAUCUGUUAAUCGUCACAGAGAAUUUCGCCGAGAAGGGUUCAUAGGUCCAUACUGCAAAGAAAGGACAGCUAUCCACCUCGCUGCAUUCAUCGAGUCACUUCCUGAGGACCAACUCCAAUCCAUAAACUCCCAUGCUUUGCAUAUCCUCGAAUACAUCCCUUCUAUCUACUACUCCAAGAUUAAGAGUGUAGAAUGUGAUCCUAGACCCGGGGAACGGCUCUUGAAAAAGCCAUUUUUCCCAUCCCUCGCAACCCUUACCUAUAGUGCUAUUAACCAUAAUUUUUCAAAUCUCGGCCCCGAGUGGUCGGUCUUGAAACAAUACCGACAGCAACUAAAGUCGCUGUCCCUGAGGUCCUCACAGUACGAGCACCUUAACCACGCCGAUAUCCCUUUCCCGAGCGACCCACACAUUGAGUUUAGGAACUUAGAGCAUCUCCACCUUCAAGAUAUGCAAAGCAUCGAGUUCGGAAGAUUUUCGCUGCUGAGAUCAAUACCGAUCGGGAAUAUAAAGAGAUUGGAAUUGAUUGAUUGUUAUAUUCCUCCAGCACUCCUAGUCCCACUAGCACCGGGCUUCACGAACCUCACAGAUCUAGCCAUUUACCCGAGAUUUAACGGUGUAAAAAAUACAUACACGACCUCAAAUAUCAAUGAUAUACUCCUGAAACUUCCGAGCUCCUUGCAAUCUUUACAAUGGGCAACUUAUUCAACUCUAGUCUCGGAUUACCCCAGCAAGACAGCUAUUCAGCGCCAUUCAGGAAGUCUGAGAAAACUUUGGUUCGAAACCAGCUAUUUCGGUGGAGGUCGGGCAGGAUCAAUGUUGGAGGAUUCCCAUUAUUUGGAUGAAAACGUGUUUAAAAUGCGGGAGGUACCUAUCAAGUCUGAGCUCGGCGAGAUCCUGGAUUUAGAUACUCUAUCCCGAUUUCUAAACCUUGAACACCUCGCCCUUCCGAUUGAAGCCCCACAUUCCCCGAAUUCUUGGAUAAGUUCGUUCCCGAGAUUGCGCUCAUUGUACCUAGUCAAUAGCUGCAAGAUCUACUCUUCAAAGCCGCGUUCUCCCACAGGUUGCUUUCGGCAGGAAUGGAUCAACUGGUUCAUGUCAGCAUAUAACCUUGAGCAAAGUCAAAAGGCUGAUCAGCCAAAUUACCCACUUUCUGCAUAUGAACGCCAUCCAAAGCUCCGACUGAUCGCCUUCCAACGUCCAGCUUAUAACUGGGAAAGUCGCCACGGGGCCGGAGUACCUCAACCAGGCUCUCGCGGGUUUACAGCCCACUUGCGCGAUGCCGAUAAGUCAGGAUACUUUAGCAAAGAAGCUCUUACUUCCAACACCGUCCGCCGUCUAUAUCCCGAAAUUUGGGAGUUCUUCAAAGGGUAUCACAUGGUAGAGAACAAAUACCACGUUUGGCCCAGCGAGAAUACCAACGUGGCGAAAGGAGUAUUCGAGGAUGGGGACGAAUUUGCGGGUUUACCUGAAAGCCAACUACCUCCAUCACACGCAUUACAGGACUACCAAAUGCAACUCAUGUUACUCGAGCAGCAGAAUAAGAAGAGACUUGUGCUGGCUCGGUCUGAGCAAGACAUUCUGAGAGAAUGUCCGAUCGAAGCGCCCAAGCCGGUAGUUGUGACUAUACUGCCAUGGGGAAUGGCGAGGGAACCAGAAUUUGACAAUUUUGAGGGAGGAUAUACGCCCCCAUUUAACCCGCUGCAUAGCGGCAGCGAAGAGAACCCUGAUCCUUCAUCUGCGCCACCGAAGUCCUUACAAGAAUACCAAAAUGACUUUCUAUCUUUUGACGAACAAUCAAGGAAGCGACAAGAGUAUGUGAACGCUCAGAUGGAGAAACUAGCGGUGUAA